AUGCGGGACGAAACACGAAAGCUGCAGCAACCCUCUGGCCAGUGAGUGAGGAAUCCAUCUCCUAGAAGGCUAUCGAGCACCCACUCGUGAUUCACUCCAUCACCUCUUACAGACACCUUGCACAUAGGAGAGGCUGCCAAUCCACUGCUCGUUCAGUCCACCACAAAAUGUACAACGGCGUUGGGCUCAAGACGGCUCGUGGCAGGUGAGGUAUUCUGGCCGAGUGCGAUCAUCACAUGUCAGUUUUCAAGCUGACCUUUCUCUUCUCACGCGCUUCUCAGCGGUACAAAUGGCUACGUACAGAAGAACCUCUCGGCUCUAUCCAGCGGGCGCGAGCGUAGUCUACGCGAGCGUCGAGAUGACAGAGACUGGUCAGAUGCGCCUUCUCGCAAGCCAGAUGCCGGAAUUCUAGAACACGAGCGCAAGCGAAAAGUUGAAUUGCAGUGCUUGGAGCUGCAGGUCGAACUCGAAGACAAGGGGUAAGUCGAGCUGGUAUGGUGGUUCGUCCAAGCUGAGCAGAACGUGUCCGCGCGCCUGUCAUUCCUCGAAUUGAGGUGCUUACUGCAUCCACUUGCGCGAACCACUCAGCCUAUCAGAGGAAGACAUUGAGAGACAAGUCUCCGACCUUCGCAACUCACUGCUACGCAACCUAUCUUUAGCGCCCACCAGAGCCGAAGCCAAGCAGCUGCGCCCCUCUGACGUACACAAAUUGCAAGCGGCGAAAGAGGUAGAGUCAUCCAAGUUCCAGAGAGCGCUCGGCGUAUCAGCCGACUACAGGGAAGGUGAUGCCUUUAAUCCUGAAAUCCAAGAGAGACGCAAGCUAGAGCGCAUCGAGGAGCGCAAACGGAGAGACGAAGAAAGAGUCAGAGUGGCCGCAGAGAGGGAGGCUGCAUACAAAGCUGCACGUGCCGCGCGAGAGAAGGAAGAACAAGAUCGUCGAGAUUUCCAGAAUGAGCUGGACAGGAAGCGCAGUCGAGAUGACGUUGAUCGGGAACCUCAAGGUAGACGUGUACCUGCUGUGCGAUACGACAGCCAAAGUCCCCGCCCGACCGCAUCUCGUAGAGACGUUGAAGACACAAGACGUCCGACGCGGUAUGACGACGACAGUCCACCCGCUCGUCGUCGUCGACGCGACUCUAGCCUCAGCGCCAGUCCUCGUCGCCGGUACGGCUCCAGUCGGAGACGUAGUCGCAGCCAUUCGCUGCCUCGUAGGAGACGCGAACCAAGCUUCAGCAAAAGUCCGCCAUCUCGUCGCAGACGCGACAUCUCGCCACCUCUUCGAGGUCGUGAGCCGAGCUAUACUCCCACGCCACCUCGCGACAGAUCUCCACCACCACGCAGUGGCCGUGAUCGCUCUCCACCGCGACGCAGGUACAACGGCCCUAGCGAAAGCCCUCCCCGCUACAAUACUGACCGCGCACCAGCAAGCAGGCGCGCACCAGACAGUCACAGCGAAAGUCGGUCGCCCGAGCCCCGGCGAGCAGAGGUCAGGCGUGCAAGAUCCAACUCUAGAUCUGCAAGUCCGCCAACCAGAAGGCGCAGAGCGAGCUCUUCCCUUUCGAGAUCACCUUCUCGCUCGCCACCUAGACGCAAAGGUAUGGAGCAAGAAAGAACGUCGAGCGUCUCGCCUGCACGCAGGCCUCCCCCACCUGGCCCACCUCCUUUGCCGCCUGGUCCACCGCCACAGCGUCCUCCUGGCAUGUGA